UAUUGACACGUGGCACAUCCACCGUUUCUUUUGCAAAGCCAUCAUCUUCUUCCUCAUACACUAUCUUUCCUUUCCCUACCAACUUUCCCAAUUCUCGAUGGCAGCAGGGCGGCCUCCAAUAGCCCCUCCUCAUCCUUCUUCUUCUGUUCAUGAACCGGUUACAUCUCAAUCUCGACCCGUUUUCCAGUCAGGUACUUACAUCGUCCAAAUCCCUAAAGACCAAAUCUAUCGCAUUCCACCUCCAGAAAAUGCAGAAAUUUUUGAGCGCCAUCGAAAACCAGAACAGUCAAAACGUCGAUCUUCUAUUUGUUCUUGGUUUUCCUGUUUCAUAAUCAUUGCUCUUAUUAUUAUUGCUGUAGGCCUCGCUUUAGGACUUUCUUUUUCUUUUCCUGAACCUAAAAACCCUAAGUUUAAGAUACAACGUUUUGUUUUCGUAAACUCAACAUCUCAUUCACAGCCUUUUUACGACAUUAGGUUACAAGUUUAUAACCCAAAUGCGAAAUCAGACAUUUUGUACAAGAAAGAGGGUGUCAUUUCACUCUUCUUUAAACAACAAAAAUUGGCGGCUGCAAAGUUUCCUCAUUUUCUCCAAAAUGACAAUACAUCAACAGCAAAAAGGAUCCUUCUAAAAGGCUCCAAUACCAACUGGAGCUCAAGAACCAGAGGAAAAGUCUCACUUUCCUUAAAGAUGGAUAUUCCUGUCAGAAUGAAAAUUAGCCGUUUCAAAACUGGGGAUGCCGUUCUUGCUAUUGCAUGUGAUCUUACUGUAGAUAAGUUGGGUAAAGGGUUGAAAUUAGUUUCUGAGAAAUGUAAAACAUAUCGUUAAUUAAUUAGCAUAAUUCGUAGUGUUGUAGGCUUUUUUUUUUUUUUUUUAAAUUUAGUUUAAUGUUUCUUGUACCAUCUAAAUUCUUCGUUAGAGCCCAUGUUCUUAAUUUGAACCCAAUUAAGUAAUUUGUUGAAUUUGUACGCCGAUCUAAUAUAAACGAAUUGAUUUUAUA